UGCUGUGAUGGGUUGCUUUUAUAAACGUACAGAUGUCACAAAGACAGCUUUAAAAAGAUCUGCUCAUCAAUUCAGAGAAACAAAAGCUGUGACAGAAGAAAACUGAAGAAAAAAGUAAAAGCAGAUUAUUCAUUUCAGAGUUGCACUGCACAGAGCCGCUCCAAGAAGAAACCUGCAGAAAGAGAAACAGCAAUGGCAGCCAUGUCGUCAGCAGGCUCAAACGGACAACAAAGGUCACUGGUCACUCAUCACCAGCCAGAGGUGCCAUUGGAGCACAAAAUUCACCCAACUUCUGGAGAGAAGCUUUUAGAGGAGAUGAAGCAGAAAGCUAAAAGGACACUACAAGGUGGAGAUAAAAGUGAAGCUCUGCGAGUUUGUCACUGGCUCUGUGACACACAGAAUAAGGAGUCAAUUAGAGACACCAUUGGGAAGGAUUUAAAGAUGGAUUUUAGACGGAUGACUUUAUCUGCUGUGGACUGUGCUGCACUGGCUGCUGUCAUCAGUUGCUGUGGAGAGCUUAAAGAACUUGACCUGUCACAUACACCUCUGACCCCCGAGAGCAUCAAGAUACUGGAGCUGGGACUCAGCUGCUGCAGUAAAGUCCGCCUGGUGUCAUGUGGUCUCACUGCCAGAUGUUGCUCAACUCUAUCCUCAGCUCUCUCUGCUCCAAACUCACAGCUGACUGAACUAUGGCUGGACAACAACAAACUGAAGGAUUUUGGAGUGGAGCAGCUGUGUGAGGGACUCAGGAGUCCAAACUGUAAACUGGAGAAACUGGAGCUCAGGUCAUGUGGUCUCACCUCAGCCUGCUGCUCAGCUCUCUCCUCGGUCCUGUCAUCUCCAAACUCAUGGCUGACUGAACUGAGUCUGACUGACAACAAGCUGAGAGAUUCAGGGGCUCAUCAGCUGAGUGAGGGGCUCAGGAGUGAAAACUGUAAAAUAAAAGGACUGUGGUUGGCCUCUUGUGAUCUCACCUCCGCCUGCUGCUCAGCUCUAUCCUCAGUUCUUUCAUCUCCAAACUCAUGGCUGACUGAACUGAGUCUUAGCGACAACUACCUGGGAGAUUCAGGGGCUUGUCAGCUGAGUGGGGGACUCAGGAGUGAUAACUGUAAAUUAAAAGAACUGGGGCUGUGGUUUAACGGGAUCAGUGAGAGUGAGAAGAGGAACCUGAGGUCAUUACAGGAGGAGCUGUGGAGGCCUGGACGUCAGCUGACUAUCAACACUUGAGAAGACCAGCAAUGGUGAUCAGACUAACCCGUCAGUGACGGAGCCCCCUGUCCACUCACCCCUAAAUUCUCCUCUUUCUUCUUUUUCUUCUCCUCUCAUCUCUGCUCAUAAUUUAAUAAACUCUCUGUGUCCCCUCA